ACGUGACGGAUGUUAGUCACAUUGCUUAAUGCACUACUAGAAGUCUCACAGAUGCUAUGACGAUGAGCGUGGUGUAAGAUCCUGCAUAGAACAGAACAGAAAUAUGCUACUGCAGAGAAGAGGGCAGACAUACACAGGAGACUACUCUUAGGCACAGAUCCUCUUCUGUACGCUCACACCUUCCUCUGUACUUGCCAUGGCUGGAGAAAUAAUUUAUUCUGAUUUAAACCUUCCUGGAGCCAGUUCCUCUUCAAGGCCACCGCAACGAUCUCAGCAUCUCAGUUCCCCUCCAUGUCCCCGGUGGCAUCGCAUCGCUGUAGGGGUCGGAUGGGCUGGGAACAUCGUCCUGACAAUAGCUGUGAUAGCCCUGGGGGUUUGGGUUUCCCAGUUGCAUGUCUCUUGUAAAGGGCAGACCAGAGGAACUCUGAAUACAUUGGAGAAUAAUGAAACCAGAAUCAUCAGUAACACUGAAUGCAGCUCCUGCCUGGAGGAUUUCCGGUCUCGCUUGAAACCAAUUCUAUGUGAACCCCACAAUGGCAGCUUGGCAGAGGGCUCCGGGUGCAAACUCUGCCCCAGGGACUGGCAGCUGCAUGGGGACAAGUGCUACUGGCUGUCUAAAGAGAGUAAAAACUGGACUGGGAGCCGUGACGACUGCUCGGGGAAGAGCUCUCGCAUGCUCGUGAUCCGGAACCGGGAGGAGAUGGAUUCCAUACAGAAUCUUACACAAGGUGCAAAUGAUGUCUGGAUUGGACUCACAGUGACACUUCCAGGGGGGAAAUGGACCUGGGUGGACGGUUCCCCAUUAGAUCCAAUGCUCUUCUCAGGCUCUGCUGAUGGGAACAGCUGUGCGUCUGUAAAAGGCACCCAGAUUCAGUCUGAGACGUGUGCUGCUGAGUUCAAAUGGAUCUGCCAGAAAGAAGCUGCUGUGAUAUAAACAGUCGGGCUGAGGAUCUUUAUUUGUGUAUCUGUAACAUGAAAUACUGGUGUUUAGGCUCACGGGGCAGGAUUGUGGCUUUAGGCAGAGCUCUAAGCCGGGGGCAGAGCAGAACCCCGGGAGGUGCUGGGACUCAGGUGCCUCUCGCAGUCACAGUUCCUCCCCUCGGCCCUUCUUACUGGCUUGGGGUGUUGAGUUGUAAUUUAUAACUGUCCUAAACCUGGAAGAAAUUACUAACCUGUGAUGCAUCUCGCGACCAGAGGUGAAAGUAAGCCAGUACGGGCCGGUACCUCAUACCGGUAAGAAAGUGGCCACUGGUACGGGCCGGUACACAGCCGACGUUAAAGUGCUGCCGCGGCAGUGCUUUAAGCACCGUAUUGGCAGGGCUGCUGAUGGUGGGGGGCAAAAGGGGCAGCUGCCCCA